CUAUUCCUGGUAAAUGACCAAGCGUUGUAUUCGUUUUCAUGAUAGCAUGUCGUUAGGUUGGAUGUUAUAAUUUGCUGUGGCUAUGAUAGUGUGCAAGCGGAGAAUAUCAUUGCUGACAUUUACAAGUUAUGGGUAGGAUAUUAUGUACCUCGAAACAACCAGGCUACCUUGAAAACCUGAGGCGGGCAUUUCAUUUCAGUGUUGCAGUAAACGUUGUAUUGGUCACAAUAUUAGUGAUUCUAUUUGUUGUUCGUCAGACGCUUCGUAACAAAGACAUUCCAGCUACUGCUACCCCGACAACAGAGCCCUUUCACAGAUGAUACAGCCGGACAGAUAUGUCUGCCUUGUGACUUCCAAGGACAGGAAACGGUCGAUACUCUGUAUGCGUUCAUGCUGAAGACUGACAACAACAACACCCUUUGUUGUCUUAAGCAUGAUGAUGAUCUACAGAGCCUGGUUCUUGCGCUAGAAGAGGAAAACCGGAAUAACAGACACUCCAGGCAGGGGACAGAUAAAUUGCGAUGGUGGACGGAGAGAAAUCACGCCGCACACCUAUACGCAAGUGACCAUUCCGCUGGUUCAGGUUUAUCCUGGAACCAUCGUGAAAGCAGGACGUCACUUUUACGGAAUUUGACGUUAAGUGAUGACGGGAGACAGCUGGCUGUUCACACGAUGCGAGGAGCAGGAAGUUACUUCGUCUAUGCCUUAUAUACGUUUGACUUCAGCAACGCAACGUGGGACAGAAAAUCACCAAUAGGCGUCCACAACAUCUACAGACACCGCCCGACUAUCAUCAACGCCGAAAAACAAAGACUGUGGACGGCGAAGUUUCGUGGCGAAAAAAACGACGAAAAGACAGACGAGUUUCCUUUGUGGAAUCGUUAACAUGAACAUUCAUGACACUUUAGAAUCCGAGGCCAUUUCGUAUGUAGCAGGAGAGGAGUGCACGUCCAAAUGCAUUGACGGAUCGCCAUAUUCCAACUUUUUUGGCAUGUUCAAACUUAUCGAGUUUACCUGACUAAACUUCUGAUGCAACAAAGUUAUUGUUCUGGUAUUAUUGCUCAGUAAAAAAGAUCAAAUAAAACAAGGAACUGUU